AUUGAUUUUGCCAUCUCCACAGGGGAUCUGGUAGAUCAUGACGAACUGACUUUGACGAGUUUAAACCUGACCAUCGAAUCAGAAAAGUAGUGUUCAGAGAUAUCAAGAAUAGAUUGGGUAACGUUCCCGUAUAUUCCGUUAUGGGAAAUCACGAUUCAUAUCCUUAUAGAGAGCUGGCUCAAGAAAACCAUGGAUUCCUCAACUAUUUCUCGUACAACGCAGAGCUCAUGACUGAUCUUUGGGAAGAUUAUGGCUGGCUUGGUCCUAAAGAGUCUCAAUAUGCGAGGAAGCACUACACUGUGUAUUCUGUUGAAACGCUCAAGGGGUUGAAGAUCAUUUCUCUUAACUCUAACGUGUGGUACAAAAAAAACCAUUACGCAUAUUGGAACGCUUCACAGCCCGACACUUUUGGCCAGAUGCAGUUCUUGGUUGAGGAGCUGGUAGAAAGCAAUGCCAAAGACCAAAGAGUAUGGAUAAUUGCGCAUAUUCCGUACUUGCAAGAAGCCCUUCCUCUUCCUGCUAAGAUGUUUGUAGAGGUUGUUGAGCGGUUUUCUCCUUACACCAUCGCCAAUAUCUUUUUCGGCCACAUCCACUAACGACCAAUUCCAGAUUUUAGUGUUCGGCUCCGGGAGCUGAUGCCAAGACCGUGGAAAAUGUUGUUGCUUCGGCAUGGAUCUCACAGGCAGUCACGCCAUGGAUCUACAACAAUCCUUCGUGGAGGUAUAACACCAUCGACAACAAAACGUUCUCAGUUAUGAACGCUUACAACUGCUACACUAAGCUCAACGAGACCUUCACAAACAACGGCAAAGAGCCCUUGUGGGAAUUCGAAUACUCAUCUCGGGAUGGUUACAACAUUACUUGGCCUGAGACGGCUCCCUUGAACGCCGAUUAUUGGCGCAAUGUGGCCAAAAAAAGAUUAACGAACCUGUGGAAUACAAUCAGUUAUACGAAAACUUCGCUAUGAGAUUCUAGCCAUUUGUUCCUGAUUGUAGUAAAUCAUCUUCUUGUGAUCUGGAUUUCUGUUACCGGACGUCAUUUACCGUUGAUGAUUAUGAUAGUUGCGUUGCACAAGUGGCU